UUGAUGUUGAUCCAAAGAGUGUUGAUGAAGUAGAGAUUUGAAGAGUUGAAGGAGAGGCGGCGGCCAUAUGUCCCCCAAGUGAGGAAACAGGUGGCACAUCAAACACAACGUUCACUUCAUACAACUUCGGUUCGGUUCUACCUUUGUACGCAAGUAAAAUCAAUCUUUAUCUCAAAACUCCAGAAAACCAAGAGUACCCACCAUGACUGAUCACCACCAAGACCCCAAUAAGCCUCAAAACCUGCCACCUUCUUCUUCUUCUUCUGAUAGGAUUCCCGGCAACGGCCGCACCAGCAAAGACGCCAACUUCUCGGGACAAAAGGUCAGGUACCCGAACCCGCGGGAGACAACGAACCCGGACCCGGCGACGCUCCGAGAGCAAUGGAAGUUCGCCAUCAGACAGUACAGCAAGUGGUACUCCCACGCCUGGGGCACCGCCAUUCUGGCCGGGUUCUCCUUCUUCGCCCUCGGUUGGUACAUCAAGGGCUCCAAUCCCCUGUCUUCUUUCCAAGAUAAGCCCCCUGAGCCUUCCACUUCUUCUUCUUCUUCUUCCUCAACCGAUGAUGCCAAGGAAGCUCGCCGAUGAAGUGGAUGCCACAGCCAUAAGCCAUUCAAUCCGUUUGUCUUCCGGCUGAACCUUCAAUUGGUUUUGGUGUACAGUGUCUUCAAAGUGUUCUUGUUGUCGUUGUUUUUUUUUUGGUAAGGUAUCAUACGUACUAGGUUCACUUCCAAGUAACGGGAUAGAUCUGUUUGUGGGGUGGUGGACCAUAAAUGUUGUGGAUGGUCCUCAAAUUUCAGUUCGCCAUAUGCCGCUUUUCUGAUACUGUAUGUUUAUCUUGAGGAGUAAUGUUCACACAAUUUCACUUCUUCACACUUAUUUCUCCACACGUUUAGGUGGCUUUUAAAACCACUAUUGGAUUAAAAUCUAAUACCACCAUUGGUUUUGAUAUGGAUCUUUAUUAGAUUUUAAUCCAAUGGUGGUUUUAAAAGACACCUAAGAGUAUGGAGAAGUGAGAGUGCGUGUAACAUUACUUUUAUCUUGAGCAUCUGUACGACAGGGUGUCCUAUCAAAGGUUUAUGUUUCUUUUGUUGCUGAAGUGUUUUUGGAGGAUGAUCAUCUUUUCCUGAAAAGGUUUCAAUCCCA